GCAGUUGUUGAUGUUGUUGCGGAGUGUUGAAUGUUGGGAGUUUUUCAAGUAGAGCUUGUUAGCGUGUGCUGUGGCUGAAACAACAGCAUGGAAGCCUGUUAAGUGAUUACAAAUAAAAGGACUGAUACCGCAAGAACGUCUGGCUGUUUGUGUAGGAACGGAGAGUAUUACAAUACUUUCAGCUAGCAAAACCAUUCAGGUGUCAAAGUCUUCAGCAUAUUCAGGGCGAUCUUUCAGCAAUUCGCAUCCAGUUCUCUAGUUGGAAGAUGUAUCGGGCUGCGGAAAGACUCAAACUCCUGAUCAGUCAUCUUGAUCGAUCACCCUCUGCCAUAAGAUCUGCACAGACUUCUGCUCAAACCUUCACCUACACUCACCCCCAGAGACUGAGAUACACAUUUGAUACAGACCUGCUUACUCCAGAACAGCGACUCUUUUAUGAAGAAAAUGGCUUCAUUCUCAUCAAGAAUCUGGUGUCUGCUGAGGACAUUGAAAAAUUCAGGAAGGAGUUUGAGCGGAUCUGUCGACAGGAAGUGACGGUCCCAGGGCUGUUGGUUCUGAGGGAUGUGGCAAUUGCAAAGUCGGAGUUCAUUCCCGAUCAGAGCAUGGUCUCCAAAAUACAGGACUUCCAGGAAGAUCAUGAACUGUUCCGAUACUGUACCUUACCACAGAUCCUGGAAUAUGUGGAGUGUUUUACUGGACCGAACAUCAUGGCCAUGCACACUAUGCUGAUCAACAAACCUCCUGAUGCAGGCAAGAAGACAUCUCGUCACCCGAUGCAUCAGGAUCUGCAUUACUUCCCUUUCCGACCAGCCGAUCGGAUUGUCUGCUCUUGGACUGCAAUGGAGAAAAUGAACAGGCAGAAUGGCUGCCUGGUCGUUCUGCCAGGAACACACACCGGCACACUGCAGGAGCACGACUAUCCUGAGUGGGAGGGUGGUGUAAACAAGUUGUACCAUGGAGUGCGUAACUAUGACUCGCAGCACUCCAGGUUGUACCUUGAGAUGGAAAAGGGUGACACUGUCUUCUUCCAUCCGCUCCUCAUCCAUGGCUCUGGCAUGAAUCUGACUGAUGGCUUCCGCAAGUCCAUCUCCUGCCACUAUGCCAGUGCUGAUUGUUAUUACAUUGACGUGAAGGGAACCACACAGGAAAACAUUGAGAGAGAGGUGAUGGAAUUCGCAACCAAGAAGUAUGCUGUGGAUGACGAGUACACAUUCAAGGAUACUUGGGCUUUCCGAGGCCGUUUGGUGCAAGGUGAGAGGAUUUCAAUGUGAGGAUACAGCAGGUGUGCUUCAAAAGGCUGCUACUUCAACACAGUGUGACCAAUCACUGAGCUGAAAUAGAAAUAUUUGAAUACAGUGAUUGGAUAAGGAGCAACAAGGGAUGUUCACAGGGUAACAGAAGGUGUUCAGUUUUCCUUUUUGCUAAAGCAGAGUUGUUUUUUUUUACAAUGCAAUCCUUAAUUUCAUUUAGUUUGUGGAGGAAUGUAAUUUAUCGAUUACUCACAGUGGAACCUUGGACUGUGAGUAACCCGGUUUGCGAGUGUUUUGCAAGACAAGCACAAAAUUUUGAUUCGAUAUACGAGCAAGGUCUUGCAAUAUGAGUAGUACAUACGCUUUGUCUGCCAAGCAUCAUGUGACGUACAUCACAACUGACAUGAUUGUUCUCGUGCUUCACUCGUAUAGUCAAUAUCUAUACUGCAACAGUGGCCCCUCACACCAGCUACAAUUCUUUUCAAAGGUAAAGUGCAGGUUAAUUUGUUUUAUUUUUACUUUAUACUGUAUUUUGUAUUACUGUAAUAAUUUUUAUAUGGAUAACUGGGUGUUGAACGAAUUAUCUGAGUUUCCAUUUUUUCUUAUGGGGAAAUUCGCUUUGAUAUACGAGUGCUUUGGAUUAUGAAAACGUUGCUGAAACAAAUUCCACUCGCAAUCCAAGGUUCCACUGUAAUAUGAAUUAUGUGAACAUAUGCUAUAUGCAUAUUGUUCUAACAGACACCAAGUGCUGUUGAAAUGGUUACCUUAUAAGCAAUCUGAAAUUUUCUAAGCCUUUUGCUACAGCAGGUAGCAAAACAUGUAGAUGUAUCCUGAAAUGCCCAUUAAGCUGUUUAAAAUAAGUGUAGAGGAAAUUUUGAUUGCACUGAUAUGUAAACUGAUAUUAAUUAAGAAAAAUGUGAGUGAGGUU